AUGCAGCCCACACGCACCUCGUCUGAGGCGCCUCGGGCGAAGAAGCGCAAGAAGUCAUCCGACGACGACGACGACGGCGAGUACAUCGGCAGCCCCAGCAAGAAGCCCAAGACCUUCCCACGGCGCUCACACAGACUGAUGAAGAAGCUCGGAGCCAACUUCCUCCCCAUCCUCCCCGCCGAGCUUCGCAACAAGAUCUACGAGUACGCCCUCAUCGAGGACAACGAGAUCUCCAUCACCCCGACCUACCAGCUACCACCACUCCUGCGCACCUGUCACCAGAUUCGCGGCGAGGCCACGCUGAUGUACUGGGGCUGCAACACCUUCGGGGUGUUCAUGCGCGACUACGACGUCUCCCUCCUCUUGGCUCUGCUCCGCAAGCCGUGGCGGCCAUACUUCUUCGGCAACCGGGCAAUCCGCUUGCACUACACACUGCUUCCGAGAUGGUCGAACGCUCGCAUGUGGCUGAAGGCGAUACACAGCGGUGCGCUUCCAGUUCCCUCGCGUAUCCCGAAGGGUUUGGAGGAGGAGCAGGACCGGAGGAUCGUUACCGCCUGGGGGUGUUUUUGGGUCCUGGCCAGCCUCAUACCAUUGUUUCGCAACACUGCAUGGGAUAAAUUGGUCGUGGCCUUGGAUGCUAAGAGGAACCUCCUGGGCGCUGUCUGGCUCUAA